GCAGCUCUUCUCCCAGCCCAGCAGGGCUGGGGCACUGCCUGCAGCCAGCGCGGGCACAGCCCAGAGGCACAGAGAGCUUCAAUCAGUCAGGGCUGGGAAGGUGCUGAGAAGUGCCUGGGGCAGAAUCACUGCCAGCCCUUGGCACAGGAACCUCUGGCUGCAGGACAAUGCAGCUGCAGCUCCUGCAGUGAUCUCCUCAAGCUGGAACAUGCCAAUGCCCACAGCCCCUGUGCCCAUGUGCAGCCACAGCCAAUGUCCAACAGCAGCUCCAUCAGCCACUUCCUCCUGCUGGCACUGGCAGAGACGCGGCAGCUGCAGCUCCUGCACUUCUGCCUCUUGCUGGGCAUCUCCCUGGCUGCCCUCCUGGGCAACGGCCUCAUCAUCAGCGCCGUAGCCUGCGGCCACCACCUGCACACGCCCAUGUUCUUCUUCCUGCUCAACCUGGCCCUCAGCGACCUGGGCUCCAUCUGCACCACUGUCCCAAAAGCCAUGCACAAUUCCCUCUGGGACACCAGCACCACCUCCUACACAGGAUGUGCUGCACAGCUCUUUUUCUUUCUGUUCUUCAUCUCAGCAGAGCUUUCCCUCCUGACCAUCAUGUGCUACGACCGCUACGUGUCCAUCUGCAAACCCCUGCACUACGGGACCCUCCUGGGCAGCAGAGCUUGUGCCCACAUGGCAGCAGCUGCCUGGGCCAGUGCCUUUCUCAAUGCUCUGCUGCAAACAGCCAAUACAUUUUCCCUGCCCCUGUGCCAUGGCAAUGCCCUGGGCCAGUUCUUCUGUGAAAUCCCACAGAUCCUCAAGAUCUCCUGCUCCACAUCCUUUGUCAGGGAAUUUGUGCUCAUUGCAUUUUCCAUUUCUUUACUAUUUGGCUGUUUUGUGUUCAUUGCUUUCUCCUAUGUGCAGAUUAUCAGGGCUGUGCUGAGGAUCCCCUCUGAGCAGGGACGGCACAAAGCCUUUUCCACCUGCCUCCCUCACCUGGCUGUGGUCUCUCUGUUUGUCAUCACUGCAGCAUUUGCUCACCUGAAGCCCCCCAACAUCUCCUCCCCAUCCCUGGAUCUGGCCCUGUCAGUUCUGUACUCGGUGGUGCCUCCAGCCCUGAACCCCCUCAUCUACAGCCUGAGGAACCAGGAGCUCAAGGCUGCAGUGUGGAGACUGAUGACUGGAUGCUUUCAGAAGCAUUAAACUGCUCUCAGUUUCUGCAAAUCAC